AUGACAAGAGAUUGGGAUAAAGAACAAAUCCGCCCGAUCCGGAUCAUCCGUUGUGAAGUUACUCUCCCUCAGAUUCUGAAAAACGUAUCCUUCGCUGGCGUAUUUACCGAUGGUAAAUGUCGUCUUCCGCGUCAUCACUCGGGUCUCGGCCUUCCUUUUCUGGCACGAACACUUUCUCGGCAUGAUCCACGCCUGCAUCUCCAACAACCUAAACGGCAAAAGAAAGAACAAGAUAAAGCUAAAAGUUUACUGGAAAUCAACAGAUUCCAUAGACCAAAAAAGGAUGCAGAUGGUGGUACCUUGGGCAGAAGGCGUUGCACUGUGAGAGGGGAUGGUGUAGCAGAGGGGGAUGAUCGGAGAGAAGGGGAGUGCAGGGGUUUAAGGGACAGUCUAGAGGGCCCAGGCCAUAUGUUCCUGCCUCGGGUGUUUGCUGGUUUGGUUGUGUUUCUAGACCACUUUCGUGUGGUCUCCCAGUGUGUCUUGUUUGGCCUUUUUUUCGGCUUGUGCUCGACGUGUAUUCCGAACGUUGUUCUGUUGGCUUUUAUUGGAGCUUUCUAUCGUUGA